AUGAUUCAAAACUCUCAAAUCCGUGCUAUUGCGACCAAGCUUAUUAUGGCAAUAGAUGACCCAGAUAACCAUUUGGUAGGCGCUAUCAAUGCAUUAGCUGAGAACAAUUACACUGAGAUGGUUGAUGCUGCUUCAUUGGCGCUUAUUGUCCUUGUUGUUGAUCGAUCCAUAAAAAAUGGGAAAGGAGACACCAAGAAAAUGGCCAUAAAAAUGGUCGAUAGCAUCUGCCACUUAACUGACCCCAAAGACUUUUAUCUUUAUUACCCUAAGCUUUGCGCCCAGCUGAUAGAUACACUGAACGACACGAUUCCUCUAAAUCGAAUGAUCGCAGCACAUACUAUAGGAGAACUAUCUCUAAAGAUGAAUACUUGUCAUAGCUUAUCACAACAACUAAUAGAAAUGAUGAACCAGUCUAACACUGCUAUAUCAAUUGGUCUGUCGCAGGGGCUUGCACAUGUCAUGAGUCAUCUGGAUCAAGAGUACGUAGAAAUGGAAAUACUACCUCGCGUUGAAGUUGCAUGUAGAUCCGAAAUUGUAAAUAUACGUGGAAGUUUCAUGUCCUUGUUUCAAUUUCUCCCGACUGCGUUUGGCGCCAAGUUCGAAAAGUUUUUGCCUUUCGCGUUACCCGUUGUUAUCCAGGGUCUAUCUGACCAUCAAUUAUCUGUUCGAGAUGCUGCUCUAAAAUCUGGUCAAGCUAUUAUGUCCCGGUUUAACGACAACAUAGAUCUUAUUCUUCCGCAUUUAGAGAAGGCUAUGCUCGAUCCUAAUUGGCAGACUCGCGCGAAUAGCCUGCAGCUUUUAGAAGGGUUGUUUCAUGAAUUUUUAACUGCAACUUCUAAAAAUGGUGAUAUCAAAGACUAUUCGAAACUUCUUUCUUCUCCUGUCCGUUGCAGAAUUCUCGCUUGUCUCUAUGUGCUCCGAUUCGACCCUCUUUCCACGGUCUCGAAAAACGCUGUUUCCGCGUGGAAAACUGCCGUCCUUAAUACCGGCAAAACUUUACGGGCAUUGGUGCCGACGUUUAUAUCCAUUAUCGUUAAUCGUACGAGCUAUAAUGAAAUAUGGGAUCUUGUUUUACAUACUGUCGGUGAACUAGUUCAAAAGAUGGGUGACCAUGUUUUGGUCGGUAUCAUUUCUGAAUUCGAAAAGAAAAUGAAUAGUCGUCUCCCUGAAGGGACUCAAGAUUCGGUUUGCAUCGACGUCUCCGAAAUUUUGCAAGCUGCUGCAACAAAAGCAGCUAUUCACGAAUCUAAGAAACUGCUUUUCCAGAUAGUUUUGAAGGGACUUUGCAAUUCAGAGCCUCAGGUUCGAAAAUCUGCCGUGAAGAUUUUAGACUGCUUACGCAAGUACCUUGGUGAAUCUGCUAUUGAUGAAAUUUUUCCAAAGCUAAUAGCUCAAGUAGAUAACCCGGACACUCAGGUGAGGCAGGUCGCUCUUCAAGGUAUUCAGCAAAUACUCUCCUUCCAUUCACAACAUGUCCUUCCAGCACUUAUAUCGAAGCUUCUUCAACAGCCAAUCUCCGACUUUAAUGCCCGUGCUCUGGCAUCGACUGCCAAGGCUGCUGGAGCUCACCUAACACCCUUUUUGCAUACGAUUUUACCCACAUUGAUACAAGCUAGUGUCUCUUCUGAUAUGAAUUCGAACCCGGUAAAUUGCCAUUUAGUUAAGGAGGCUCUCCAUUCUGUCCUUCUUGUCAUCAAUACGUCCGAAACUCUUGGUAUCCUCUUCACUGAGUUGGCCAAAUUCGUCUCCGAUAAAUCACCCGAGCUACGUCACGCCUCGCUUGAGCUCAUCUGCUUUUAUGCCACAAACAACCAAGCCGGCCAAGCUUGGUUAGAGAACAUCAGUUUUGCCAUUCAUACAACAUUGAAGUCGUAUCAAGAUGCGGACCCACGAAUUGUUCUUUCUGCCAUUGAUUCUUUGGCCACUGUUCUGUCGACUAUUAACGUCGAAGCCAUUGCUGCUGAAUCUGUCAACGUUGUCAAAGUUAUCAAUGAUACCAUAGAACACUUACGUUUUUCAGAAACUACGGAAUAUCUAGUCUACACCAAGGGCUUCGAACCUAUACUUAAAAUCUACGUAGCAGCAAUGCGUAAUGGCUCUUCACUUAUGCGUGAACAAGCCUCUCUAGGCAUUCGCUUUCUCUUUUCUAAAUCAAAGGGCGCUUCUCUAACGCCCCCUAUGAUUCAAACUGUAACUGGAACACUGAUUCGUAUUUUGAGCGAGCGCCAAUUGGAAUCUCACAUUCGUUCUGACAUUUUACAAACAUUAAAUUUGGUGGUUGAUUAUGGUGGUUCUAGUCUGAAGCAUUUUUCUACUACACUUCAAAUCACUUAUUUAAAAUUUAUUUCAAUGCCCUACAAGCCAAUUCGCGAGCAAUCUGCUAUUGGAAUUUUGAAACUUGUAUCUCUCAAUCCCAACAUUCCGUUUCUUGUAAAAGCAUUGAUUACUGUCACGAAGGAUCCGAUGAACUCUAAUCCAGACGCAUGCUUGGAGACUGUCUCCAAUAUUUUUCAGAGCAUUGGCAAAAAUGUCGAUGGCUCACUUUGCGAAUCCAUGCGCGAGGCGCUGAACCCAUUUCUCGACCAUGAGGAUUUCACUACCCGACAACGUGCUGCUGAAGCCUUUGCAUCGACUCUUCUCUGUCUACCCUUAACUGAAAUAAUGAAAAAAGUAGAACAGCUAUUACUAGAUCAAACCCAGAAUGAUAAACGAAUUGAAACUGGACUACUAACUCUCUAUCAUAUUAUGAAACGUAACCCUGAGUUCACUUCUACUAUCAUUUGCGAUUCUCAAUCGAUUGUUGAUUAUAUCAUUCUAAACCUAAGUUCUCCUAUAGAGCUUAUCCGAGGGAUUACAUCUCAAAUUCUCGCACUAAUCCUAGCUUACGUAAAAAAUCGCCGACAAUCCGCCUAUUAUGCUAAAAUUCUAGUUAAAGUGCUUGAUGACGAAAGUAUCGACGUCAAGAUUAUGGCCCUCAAUGCCAUUCGCUCGUAUGCCAAGGCUGCACCCGAAGAAUCCGCUUAUCUACUCAAAAUUUUAGUCCCACCUACUCUGUCAAAUGUGAAAAAAAACACGUUACCAUUAAAAUGCGCAGCCGAGAGAGCACUUUAUUGCUUGUUCCAAGUCAAUAAGGGCGACGCGUUGUAUCGUCAAUUCAUAGAAAAUUUGAACGAAGCUCAGCGCAAACAGUUUACCCUGUUCUAUCGAACUCUAGAGAAGCUUACAGACGCAGAUGAGACUGCCGGCUGCGUAGAAAGUCAAAUGUUUUUGUAA